UCUUUAAUUUAUGGUUAAUCACACUGGACCAAAAACAAAAGCCAGGAGACUUGUCAACAGAUUUCUUAGAAAGUCAUAUCCCUGGUAACUUUUGCCUGUUCUUAUUUGACCUAUUAUGCACUUUUAAAUACCCUACAUUUCUGUGCCUUACUGACCAUAUUUUCACUCUCCUUUGCAGCCGCCUCCCUUCUGUAGCUCCCUCCCUUUCUCAUAACCAUUACUAAGCUCCCUAGCCUUUGUCAUGGCUCCUUUCCCUUGUUUUUACCCUCAGCCUAGGUAAACUCCCAUUCCUUGGCUUUAAAUGCUGUUUAUAUGCCCUGACUUCUCUAAGUACUGUAUAAUUAUGACCUCUUAUUUGAACUCUAGCCUUGUUUGGCUGACUCCACAUGGGUGGCUGAUGCAUACUUCCAAUAUAAUAUGACCCUAAGAAGACUUGAAAAAAAAAAAAAGAUUCCCAAGUAUGUCUUACUUUAAAAAUGUCACCAUCCACCAUGCACUUGCUGAAUUGAGAAAACCAAGGGUUACUUUGGUUCCUUUUUUUCCUUCUUAAACCCUUGCAAAGUGUUGAUCCUCAAAUGUUUUGUUGACUCCUCCUUGAAACACAUUUAAAUAGAAUUUUCAUCAUUCUUAUUAAUACCUCACUAGUCCAAGCAACCAGUUUGGCUUGCAUUGAUUCAGUAACUGCCUCUCUGGUUCCUCUGCCUUCCAGGUCAUAUCUGAGGGGCAACUAGAGUGAGAUAGUGCGCUCUCUCUCUCUCUCUCUCUCUCUCUCUUUCUCUCUCUCUCAAAUCAAGUUAUUUCCGUCACCUAAAAUUCUAAUGAUUCUCCCUCAGUUUUAAGUAGAAAAUUCAAUGGUCUGUCUAUAUCUACUACUCUGGUCUUACUGUUCUUUCUGUAGUCAUUAUGUUCUGGACAUAGUUGCUAUUUUUUUUUUUCCCACAAUCACAUCAAAGUUACUCUUACCCAAAGCUUUAUGUUAUCAUUUUUGAGUGGGUGGCAUAUAUCUCAAAUUCAUAUUAGCUUGUUAUUGUUUGAGAUCUUAGAGAAGAUAUCACCAAGAGAGAAACCUUGAGAGGCCCACCCUCAUCCACACAUUCAAAUUCACCCUGGUGCCAAUAUAAACAUGCUCUAUGCCUUAGCUUUCCUAAACACUUACAAAGCCUUCGUUAGAGUAUCAUGCCUGUCCUUCUCUUAGUUUUAUAUUGCUGUGUUAAGACAUCAUGACCAAGGCAACUUAGAAAGAGUUUAAUUUGGGGCUUACAGUUUCCACAGAAUGCUGGUGACGUGGCUCUUCCCAGGACCUCUGUAGCAGGGGAGGGGAGAGGAGGACUCAAGGCCCAUAAGUACUAAGACCCCAGCUGAGCCUCAGCAAUCUGCACAGAGGGGUUAACUCACCCAGCCCACGUUCUGCGACGUUCUGCGGCACACAGCAGAUUCUGUGGCCAUCAAGCUGGGGUGCAUGGCAGCAGGCAGCAGGCAGCAGGCAGCAGGCAGCAGAGCAGUAGCUGAAAGCUCACCUCUCUAUCCACAAGCACAAGACAGAAGGAUUGAGACACUGGGGAUAGUGUGGGCUUUUGAAACCUCAAAGCUUGCCCAAGUGACACACUUCCUCCAACAAGGCCACAUCUCCUAAUCCUUCCCAAACAAUGCACCAACUGGAGACCAACUAUUCAAAUAUAUCCAAAUUAUACUUAUGUUAUAGCCACCUUUCACAGGAAUGAAGCUUUUAUUUUUUUAAAGUUCUUAAUUUUUAAAGUAAAUUCAUCUUCCCUCCCCUCCCUUCUCUCUAGCAUAUUCCUCUAAAUGCAAACUUUGUGAGGGCAGAAUUUUUAUUCGUCAACACUCACUGCAUCUUUUUAGUAUUUAGCAUAGUAUCAGACAUGUUUACCAAUGAAAGUUUAAAUGAACUGUUGAUUUUGAGAUUGAAUACAUGUUAGAUGGAGACGAAGACUCUAGCUUCUUUCUGCCCAUGCAGACAAUUAUUUUAUGACUCAGGGACUAUUGUUUUCUGCCUUAUGAAAGAAACUGAUUUAUUUCCAUAAUUAUGCAUUUUGAUUUGAUUUUGAAAACUAAUAGUUUUAAAUGAAAAAGGUGUGUGGUGUGGCUGGUUAUUAUAUUCUGAAUGAAAACAGAUUGCUUGAGUCAGAGUUUCUUACUGUCUUUCUAAAGUUGACUUCCAAAGCACAGGCUAAGCAUUUCAGUUCUAUGAAAUAAUUGUGAUUAUAUUGAACUAAAGGAUAUUAUCUUGAAAUAAAUUUACAGACUUCUUUACUAUUGUGUGCUUUUUAAAUUAUCAUUUUAUUUUUAAAAUUUUGCCUUAAUCCAGUUAUCUAUUUUGUGUGUUAAUGAAGUAUAUUCAACUCAGAAUAAAUUAAUUAAAACCUGCAUAAUGGUUGGAGCCAUCAAUCAUAGUUAAGUGAUUUAAAACUCAGUGAUUUGUAGUAAUAUGCACAUUUAAUUUCUGCAAACUGCCAAACCUAUACUUUUUGACCAUAUGUCUCAAAGGCUCCAAAACUAAGAUUUCAGAUAUUUUUUGGCUGGGUUUGGUGACACAUGCUUUUAAUCUUAGAACUUAGAAGGCAGAAGAAGGCAUAUCUCUGCAAAUUUAAGGCCAGCUUGGUCUACUUACAGAAUUCCGGGCCAGCCAAAGCUACAUAGUGAGACAAUAUCUCAAAAAACCAAAACCAAAAGGUUGUUGUAUUUGGUACUUAAUUUCUGGAAAAUUCCUUUCAUCAAUUUUUUUCUCAUGCAUAUUUUGCUGUCAUAUCUUAAAAGAUCUUCACGUAAUAAAACGUUGCAAAAUUUUUCUUCCUUUUCUCCCUCCUAGAUGUUAUAAGAGUUUUAGCUUUUCCAUGUAGGCCCAUGACUCAUUUAGAUGGAUUUUACCAUUUUCAUACAUAUAUGAGAUAUGUGUUGAGAUUUUUUUUUCUAUACUGAAUUGCUCCCCUCCCCAAAUAUUGUACAAGUUCAGUGGCAUAUUUCUGGUCUCUUCUCUUUGCAUUUUUCCUGUAUCUCAUUCUUGGCCAGUACAGCAUUAUCCUUAUCCUAGUGUCGGUAGGUAAUGUGAAUCCUUCAAAUUUGUUCUUUUUCAGAAUUAUUUUGGCUAUUUUAGUUCUUCUGCUGAUAACUCACUUUAGUCAGCUUGUCAGUGUCCAUAGAAAUCCUUCAAGAAUGUGGUUGUAAUUGCUCACAAGUCAGUUUGAGGACAGAAAGAUCAUACUCUUAAGCAGUCUCUUCUGUGAGUGCAGUGUAUCAUUGCAUUUAUGUAGGCCAUCUGGAUAUUCUUUGUGUUUUAUAAUUUUUAGUGUAUGGAACAUGCAUAUUUUGUGAAGUUUGUUUUGUUGUUACUGGAAGUGGAGCCCAGGGACCUGUGAUAUCAAUCUUUACCCUGGCACUCACUAUGCUAAUAUUGAUAUGUACUUUUGGAGGCAUUAUUAGAGUUGUUCUUUUAGGAGUUGUAUUAGGGUUCUCUAGAGGAACUGAACCAAUAGACUGAAAAAACAAAAAAGGGAAUUAUUAAGAGUGGGCUGUGGUCUGGCUAUCUGAACAACUGUCUCCCAAUGCAGUAGUUGUUCAGUACACAAGGUUGGAUGUCUGUGUUGGAAUCAGAAUGAAGAAAGUUCUAAUACCAGCAAAGGAAUGCCUCCACAACAGCAGGAGAGAUGAACUUGCCAGCCAAAGUGAAGGCAAGCAGGCAAAAAGCAAAAGUUGGAACUGGAAGUUGUGGACAGAUUUAGGGCUUCCAGUAAUUAUCUGCAGGAUUCGCCAUGACCCCAGCUCUGAAGGAGGCAACAACAAAGGGUAUCUGCUUUUCAUCUUUGCCAAGUGCCAUGGAAUCUGACAAGAUGCUGUGUGUGGAAAGCCCAAGAACUGUAGAUGAAAAGCUUACAGCAGGAGACACUUUGUCUCAGAUGCUGGGAUUUCCGACCCCUGAACCUACUCUAAACACAAAUUUUGUGAAUUUAAAACAUUUUGCUUCCCCUCAGGCUUCCAAACAUUUUCAGACAGUUCUUUUAAUGAGUUCUAAUUCAACACUAAAUAAGUAUAAUGAGAAUUAUAACCAAAAGAAAGGAGUGGAGUCCAACUGCUGUAAGCUGAAAAAUGUACUGUGUAAUGGCAGCAGCAUUCAGCUCAGCAAGAUCUGCCAUUCUCAUUCCGAGAAGGAGUUCAUCAAAAAGGAGCUCUCAGAUACCACCAGCCAGUGCAUGAAAGACAUACAGAUCGUUUUGGACUCAAAUCUCACCAAAGACACUAAUGUAGACAAAAUACAUCUGCAAAACUGUAAGUGGUACCCAAAGAAUGCACUUUUGGACAAAUUCACUGAUACUAAGAUUAAAAAGGGUUUAUUGCAAUGCACUCAAAAGAAAAUUGGACCUAGUCACUCAGAUAUGCCUAUUAGCUCCUCAGCUGCUGAAAAGGAGGAGGAAGUGAAUGCUCGUUUGCUUCAUUGUGUGAGUAAACAGAAAAUUUUACUCAGCCAGGCUAGACGAACUCAGAAACACUUGCAGAUGCUCCUGGCGAAGCAUGUUGUUCAGCACUAUGGUCAACAGAUGAAAUUUUCUAUGAAGCACCAGCUGCCCACAAUGAAGCUCUUUCAUGAACCCACCACAGUUUUGGGCAAUAGUUUACUUGAACACUCUGAAAUUAAGCCAGAAGUCAACAUACUGGCUUCAGAGAAUAAGUUUUGGGAUGAUACAAACAAUGGCUUUGCUCAGUGCACAGCUGCAGAAAUCCAAAGAUUUGCCCUGUCUGCUACAGGGCUGUUGUCUCAUGUGGAAGUGGGUCUGGAUUCUGAUGCCACCGACAGCAGCUCAGAUGACGAGUUGGAUGAAUAUACCAUUAGAAAAAAUGUGGCAGUCAACUCUAGCACUGAAUGGAAGUGGCUUGUAGACAGAGCGCAAGUUGGCAGCCGAUGGACUUGGCUUCAAGCUCAGAUUUCAGAACUAGAAUACAAAAUCCAGCAACUAACAGAUAUUCACAGGCAUAUUCGUGCAUCCAAGGGGAUAGUGAUCUUAGAAGAAUGUCCGCUUCCAAAAGACAUUUUGAAAAAACAAAUACAGUUUUCCAAUCAAGCAGUUUCAUUAAACACUUCAGUGAAUUCGCAGGUUCCCCAAAGGGGUGAAGAGCCUUUGCCAGAGCAUGAUUUUGAGAUGUCACCGAGUAGCCCUACACUACUUCUUCGAAACAUAGAAAAACAGAGUGCACAGUUGACUGAGAUCAUUAACAGUUUGAUUGCUCCUCUCAACUUGUCUCCAACUUCAUCGCCCCUCUCCUCUAAAUCCUGUAGUCACAAAUGUCUGGCUAAUGGCAUUUCAAGGAGUGCUUCAGAGAAUUUAGAUGAGCUCUCUUCCUCCAGUAGCUGGUUACUUAAUCAGAAGCACAGUAAGAAAAGGAGAAAAGACAGGACAAGAUUGAAAUCUCCAUCCUUGGCUAUCAUGAGUACAGCUGCCCGAACAAGGCCCCUUCAGAGUUUCCAUAAAAGAAAACUCUACAGAUUGAGCCCCACUUUUUACUGGACUCCUCAGACUUUACCUUCAAAAGAAGCAUUUUUAAAUGCAACACAGAUACCUUACAUGGGAUCGCCUUUAAGUUGGGACAACUGGGAACAGAGUUCCAACUCCCAGCUAUUAAGAGAACAUGUUUCAAAACUAGAUUCCUCUUUUCAUCCUGUGCUGUCAUUGCCAUCAGAGAUGCCCCUUCAUCUUCAUUUUGAGACCUUAUUUAAGAAGACCGAUGUGAAGGGAGAGCUUGCUGAAAACCCAUUUGUAGGUGACUGUAUCAUAGCGCCACCACCUGUACAAGGGACUUCUCUGAAUCAGUGGAGAAAUGGAUAUUCACCUAUAUGUAAGCCUCAGAUAAGGUCACAGUCAUCUGCACAACUAUUACAGGGAAGAAAAAAGAGACACUUGAGUGAAACAGCAUUAGCAGGAGAAAGAACUAGAUUUGAAGAUUUUGCUUUUCAACGUACAGAACCAGGAUCCCAUUGCGAUUUUACUGCUGUCUCUAAUGCCAAUGUUACAUCAAGAACCCAAAAUUCAUCUUCACAAAAUACUGCACGAAGAAGGUUAAGAAGUGAGAGCUCGUAUGAUAUAGAUAACAUUGUGAUUCCCAUGUCAUUAGUAGCACCAGCUAAAUUAGAGAAACUCCAGUAUAAAGAAAUACUUACUCCACGCUGGAGGAUGGUUGUUCUUCAGCCUCUUGAUGAACAUAACUUAAGCAAAGAAGAGAUAGAAGAUCUUUCUGAUGAAGUCUUCUCCCUAAGACACAAAAAAUAUGAAGAGAGAGAGCAAGCUAGGUGGUCACUCUGGGAGCAAAGCAAGUGGCACAGAAGAAAUAACAGAGCUUACAGUAAGAAUGCGGAAGCUCAGGACCUGGUUCUGAAGGAAAACCCAGGUGAACUUAGCAGUGCUCAGCAGUGUGUUGCCGAGAGCCCCCUUGAGCUCCUAGCAGACAACACCAGUCUGUAUGCUCAGGACUCACUUUCUUUAAACGACAGUCAAGAAAUCAAGUCUUUGCGGUGGGAGCGACGAGCUUUUCCGCUGAAGGAUGAGGAUACAGCAGCCUUAUUAUGCCAAGAUGAAAGAAAGGAUCAGACUGAGGGGGCAAGCACAGCCUUCCACGAUGAAGUCUUCUGUAGCACUACACCAGAAAAUGGCCACCCUCCAAAAAUGCAGUUAGAUGGAAUGGAAGAGUAUAAAACCUUUGCUAUAGGAGUUACUAAUGUUAAAAGAAAUAGGUGACAGGGAACAUAUUAAGAAAACUAUGUAACUGUGAGGAAAAGAGGGGAAAAAGAAACCUAAACCCUCUUGUGGAUCUCCCACUUCCUCUGGUCACAAUUCAGAAAAGGAGGAUGUGUUGCCUGUGUCCAUCUUUAACUGUUCAUGAAACAGGCCAGAGAAGCUUCUUUUUCCUUCCUGAAUCACAGAAGUAGCUAGCUUUUCACCUACACAAAUGCUAGUAACUUGUGUUUGCCGAUAAUACAGAUCGAAAGCACUAAGAUAUUAACUGCUGCAAUUUGAUGACAAAUCACAUUAUGGGGUAACUGUUAAGGUAAAAGCCCCUCCCUGACAAUAUAGUUGGGUUUGCAUCAAGUGACAACUACUCUUUGUUUCUAUUCUCAUGGCAGUUCACUAAAAUUGCCUCAAUUUAUGAGAAUGUACUAGUGUGUAUACAGAACAUAUACAUACACACUUGCACACACGUAGUCUUAAAACUGCAUGUAUGAACUACUCUAUGCAAUGAAAGUUGACAUAAAUAUAUAGCACAGGUGUGGACUGAUAACAGAUAUCUGAAAGUUUUGACUAUGGAGAGGGAGUUGUUUUUUCUUUUAUUCUAAAAAUUGUUUAACCAAUAUAAGUUAUUUAUGAAAAUUCUUAUAUCAAAUAAUACAGUAUUCAUUUAUUUGAAAUCAUUGUUCUUUCUUGGACUAACCACAGACUUUCUGCUUACUCCUAAAAGAAUUAAGAGAAGCAACUUAAGAGUUUAAUAUAUUGAUACAUUUUGAAAACUAUCGUCUUUGAAAAUUCACCCUGAGUUUUACUUGCUUUAUGUACCUCUUUCCAGACAGCAAUUUAAAAUGUAAGACAGCAUACAAAUCAUAAUAUGGUUGUAAGUCUAGCUAAUGUAUAGCUAGAAGCUUCUAAUUUGGUUUCUUCUUGCCAUUGCUUAUUCAAAUACCUACUCUUAAUAGGCUCCUAGAUCAAGAAUUCAAGUUUUUCAAAGACUAAGACUUUAAUGUAGAAUGCAGAGGAGUAUACAUUAAAGAAAAUUCUUUUUGGAGCUAUAAUACCAUUUUUUUUUUCUAGAUGAAAGUUAAGGACAAUUUGUAUCAACCACUUUUUGUUAUGCAAAGAAAGUUUACUCAAUUUGUAGUUCCCAUAGUCCUGAAAAUCCUGGCUUAGUGUCUGUGGGUUACAUACUUAAGGUUUUGUUGAGGAUUAGAAAUUAAAUUGGUCCCUGCAAAAGGGGGGUGGGGGAACCAUUCAAAUUCAAUACUUACAAACUUUUGCUUAUAGUUUUACUGUACAUUUAUUUUUAAAGAAAAAGAUAACAAAAGCCAGAAAAAUACAAGUUGUCCCAGCAAAUAAAUUCAAAUCUUUGUCAUGAAUGAUAUUAUAAUCUUCUACAUAGUUUUUUAAUUAAAGUUAUUUCUAUA